AUGAAACUAAAGGCGAGAAUGCUCUCUUUCUUGACAAUGCAGCUUUUACCCCCUACUCCCUUUUCCACCCUCUCCUCCUCCUCCACCUCUUUCGUCAAUCCUAACACCAGCAGUUUAGGCAAGUGA